AUGUCCUUCCUCUACCCUUGUCUGAUGCCCGAAAUCCCAACGAACUCCAUCCCGCAAACCUCGCUUCCGCCAUCCAAUCACAUCAUCGAGACGGCCCGCAUCGUUGCCGUGGAUUCGAGCCUGAAGGCCAGACACGAGGAUCUGAUGCUUUCCCAGGUCACCGACCAGACAGCCAACUUUGUUCCGGAUAGCAACGACGAUGAUCCGCCAGAUGAUGCGCCGCCUCCGUCAUCC